AUGGGCGGUACUCGCACUGACCUUGCCCUCAAGUACGUGGAGGCGAACAGUUUCACCCAAGCCGCCGGCGACAGAGCAGGAGUCGCAAACAUCCUCAUUGUAAUGACAGACGGCAAGUCGAACGUGCCGGCAGAAACCGUCAAAGAGUCUGCUCAUAUACACAGCAAUCUUAAUGCUAAGAUAGGAAGACCUUUAAAGAUUUUCGCGAUCGGUAUCGGGUCCGGCGUGAACAAGGCGGAGUUGCAGACGAUCGCCACGAACAGCCAGCACGUGUUCAAUGUGAGCAGCUUCGACGCCCUCAACACCCUACAGGCCGAGCUGAAAAAGACAGCGUGCCCCAAGUACACCAACGUGCCUUCCACGUGCACAUUCGUCGCCGACCCCAAGGACCCACAGUGUUGCCGGGUACCACAGUGUCAGAACGCCGGCGGAAAUGUAGGAACAACGGGAUUUGUUGGCGCCUUCACCGGAUAUGGCCACCCAACCAGCAUCAUAUCUGGGCAGAUCAGCCAUACCAGUUACAACAGCAAAUGUCUGUACAAGGGUCAGGUGUACGCCCAGGGCGCCACGUGGCAGGACGGCUGCGCCUACGACUGUGAAUGUGUGGACGCCAGCAAGGGAAUGUACAGGUGUAAUGAGAGAUGCGCAAGAAUCGCGUCCGUACCAACUGGCUGUUCUUUCGGCCAGGACCCGCGCGACGCGUGUUGCCAGGUACUGAAGUGUGACGCGGCCCAGACGUUCGGCACGUGCCAGGACAAGGUCAACUGCCAAUCGUACGGCAAUUACGUAUGUGGACAGCAGUAUGAAGGAUGGGCGAGGGAGAACUGCGGAAAAUUCUGUGGCUACUGCGGUGGCGGUACCAACCCGUACUUGGCGACGGCGCCACCUAGCGGCGCAUGCGUGGACGCGAUCCCGAACUGUGCCCAAUACGAUGUCAGUGUGUGCACGGACGCCCAGUACCGUCCAUGGGCCGUCGCCAAUUGCCCAAAACACUGCAACAUGUGUGGAGGAGCAGGGACGGGGAUAAUCACUGGCACUGGUACUGGUACGGGAACUGGCACUGGUACUGGUACGGGAACUAGCACUGGUACAGGUACGGGAACUGGUACCGGUACAGGAACUGGCACUAUCACAGGAACUGGGUCUGGUAGCUGUAUGGACAAGUUAUCCAACUGCGCUGCCUACACUCAAGAUGCGUGCACGGGAUUGUACGAGCAAUGGGCACGUGACAACUGCGCACACUACUGUAACCUCUGUCCAGCGACGGGUUCUGGUGGUGUAAUAACCGGAUCCGGUACCGCGGCACCGGGCACUGGGACUGGAACGGGAACCGGCACCGGCACUGGCUCGGGAUAUGUGGGAUACAGUGGCGGUUGCGUAUAUAAGGGUCGGUAUUACGGAGCUGGUGACCAUUGGUAUGACGGCUGUACAUGUGAAAACGGACAGACGGGCUUCUACAGGUGUGGAGAUAGGUAA